UUUUUAACUAUAUACACAUUACCAUGCUACUGUACCACCACUCUAUAUAUUCAGUCUGGUGUAGAUUUAGAGACUUAUCAGUUCAUUUUACCUUCACCAUUGACACUUUCGUUCAAACUUUAAAGGAUUUUUAAAGAAAGACUAAUAUGGAAGAUCGUUGCUUGAUCAAGAACGAUGUGACUGAAUUGAUUGGUAACACACCAAUGGUGUAUCUGAACAAAGUUGUUGACGGUUGUCUAGCCCGUAUAGCCGCCAAGCUUGAGAUGAUGGAACCUUGCUCUAGCGUCAAAGACAGAAUCGCUUAUAGUAUGAUCAAAGAUGCGGAAGACAAAGGAUUGAUUACUCCUGGAAAGAGUACAUUGAUUGAGCCAACGGCUGGUAACACCGGGAUUGGACUAGCCUGCAUCGGUGCAGCAAGAGGCUACAAAGUGAUACUUUUGAUGCCUUCAACGAUGAGCUUAGAGAGGAGAAUCAUUCUAAAAGCAUUAGGUGCAGAGCUUCAUCUCACAGAUGUGAAGAUAGGCAUUCAAGGAAUGCUGGAGAAAACUGAAGAGAUACUAAGCAAAACUCCUGGUGGUUUUGUUCCCCAACAGUUUGAAAAUCCGGCAAAUCCUGAGAUUCAUUACCGAACCACGGGUCCGGAGAUAUGGAGAGAUUCAGCAGGGAAAGUAGAUAUAUUGGUUGCUGGUGUUGGAACUGGUGGAACUGUUAGUGGUGUAGGGAAGUUUCUCAAGGAGAUGAAUAAAGACAUUAAGGUUUGUGCGGUUGAACCUGCAGAAAGUCCAGUACUCAGUGGAGGAGAACGAGGUCCACAUUUAAUUCAGGGGAUUGGUUCUGGUAUCAUCCCAACCAAUUUGGAGUUAAGCAUUGUUGAUGAGAUCAUUCAAGUGAAAGGUGAGGAAGCUAUUGAAACAGCCAAGCUUCUUGCUCUCAAAGAAGGAUUAUUGGUGGGGAUAUCCUCUGGAGCUGCUGUAGCGGCUGCGUUGAAGGUUGCAAAGCGGCCAGAAAACGCAGGGAAACUCAUUGUGGUGGUUUUUCCCAGUGGAGGAGAACGUUAUCUAUCGACUAAACUGUUUGAUUCUGUUAGGUUUGAGGCAGAGAAUAUGCUGAUUGAAUGAGUGGCGGUUUGGUCUUGAUAAGAGAUGUUUGUACCAAGGUUAUAGUUUGAUUGUUCCUGGCCUUUGGAAAAUCUAUUAAUGUUACAUAGUCGAUGAUAAAUGAUUGCAAGGCAUCGAUUAGUGUGUCCGAGUGUGUAUAAUAAAGAAUAAUGGAAGAUUAUAAAGUGAUCUUCUGUAAC